AUGUCUGAAUUUCGAAAUUUAGUACAGAAAUUCUCAUACCAUCAAAACCUAAAACUGGAUGAUGAUAAAGACAACAUUGAACACCAAGGCAAACAAACCGGUCGAAAUACCGUCAACAUGACUACAAAAGCCUCUGCUGCCACCACUUUAAUAAAGAGAUCAAGUUCUCAUAGCACAAAAACGCUACAAUCACAACAAAUUAUAAAUAACCCAUAUCCAACAUUAAAAUCGUCAUGGAAAGCGAAAAAAAGUCGAAAUAAGGACGACGAUGACGAAUUUAUAAAAUCGUUGCCUCCUCUGUCUGAUGUUAUUGCAUAUAAUUUGGAUGGAAUAGUUAGUGCAAAAGCUGGUCAUCAUUUUGCUAACAAGGGCAAUAGUUUUUAUCCGUGUCUGGUUCAAAGCGGACUAACAUAUGGCAAAAAAGUGACUUUUGAAGAUGACAUUGCUUUUCCGCGUACUUUCAAUUACGGAAUAACAAAUUUGGUAAAUCGCGUGACGCGUGGUUCAAAUGAUUUGAAUCAACAAGAACUACGACAAGGAAUCCCAAUUAUGUUAGAAAAAGUCAAGAAAUAUCAUCCUAAAAUUUUGUGUUUUAUUGGAAAAUGUGUCUUUGAUGUGUUCAUGCAAUACAAUAAUUUAGAUCCAAAUGUGAAAAAGUAUGGCCUACAGUCGAUCAGAAUUCCUUGUGGUCGAGUUGUUAUAAAACCUGAAGAGAGACUGGAAUUGUUUAAAGAGUUGAGACGAAUUUUAGAUGAAUUAAAAAUCAAUAAAUGA